AGCUAUACUUGUAGGAAGUAAACGUACGGUUGUUGUAACAUCAUCGCUACCAAUCGCUGCGAAAAUGCACAGAUGAUCAAUGUGGAUUCGUGGAAAAUAGUGUUGUAAUCAAUUAUAAGUGUUUCAUUGAAGACAGCACAAUGGAUAACGAGCAGCCUCAUCAAGAGCUGGUGAAAUGUGUCGUAGUGGGUGACACUGCUGUGGGCAAGACUAGGUUGAUCUGUGCUCGUGCAUGCAACAAGCAUGUGUCUCUAUCACAGCUGCUAACUACACAUGUUCCUACUGUAUGGGCUAUAGAUCAGUACCGGAUAUAUAAAGAUGUGUUAGAAAGAUCUUGGGAAGUGGUAGAUGGAGUAAAUGUUUCUCUCAGAUUGUGGGAUACAUUUGGUGACCAUGAGAAGGACAGAAGGUUUGCUUAUGGAAGGUCUGAUGUGGUGCUUUUAUGUUUCUCCAUAACAAACCCAAUUUCAUUGAGGAACUGUGGGGCUAUGUGGUAUCCAGAAAUAAGGCGAUUUUGCCCAAACACACCAAUUUUACUAGUCGGAUGUAAAAACGAUCUACGAUACAUGUACAGGGACGAAAAGUAUCUGAACUUCUGUAAAGAUCGGAGUCCCUUUGUAAGAGCACCAAGAAAAAGCGACUUAGUAAUGCCCGAUCAAGGCCGUGCAUUAGCUCAUGAACUCGGAAUUUACUAUUAUGAGACAUCAGUAUUCACUUACUACGGCGUAAACGAAGUGUUUGAGAAUGCUAUACGAGCUGCUUUGAUUGCUAGGAGGCAACAAAGGUUCUGGAUGACAAAUUUAAAAAGAGUACAGAGGCCUUUGCUGCAGGCUCCUUUCAGACCUCCCAGACCGAUGGAACCAGAAGUGUCGAUUGCAAACAGCACGUAUUUGGAAAACAUGGCGAUAUUGUUGCGUCAACAAUAUUUCUCUGACAUGGUAAUAAUUUGCGGCGCUAAAGGCUUCCCAGUGCAUCGUUUCAUGAUGGCAGCCGCCUGCGAGGCCUUCCACCGCCUCUUCACCACAGACUCUGUGCAUUUAUCCACUGAACUGGCUAGAUCUUCCAGUGAAAGCAGUAUGGUUAGCAGCAUGGGUGAGGCAACUACGGGAGACUUCAAUGAAGAUACUGAAUACUUGAUCAGACAAGACCAAGCUAAACAGAUGAGAGUGUGGGAUCAAAUAAAGCGGCGAUCGUCAUGUCAGAUCCUGCCGCUUAGCGAUAGCUGCAAAAAGCCGCCGGAUCUCUACAGAGAGGUCAACCAUCCCGCUAUUUACUCUAUUCGAGUUGUCAAAUGCGACAAAGUGCAACACGCGACGUCACAGACGCAAACCAUUGUAACCAUGAGCAAGUUAAUAUCCCAAAUCGUGAUGCAGGAGAUUAUCAACUUUAUUUACACCGGGGCUUUGGACAACAGUGCCUUUAAACAACAAUCGGCUGCUAUUGGAUUACUACUGGAGAUUCGUCAAGCCGCCGAGUUAUUAGGCUUCCACGAAUUGACGAAGCUCAGUCAAUUCAUUUUGGACCAACACCUGUUAUUCGAUAAGGCGUUUAUGCAUCAAUUUCAUACGCCUUUACCUCAAAGACUACGCGAAAUGUAUGUAGAGCGCAAUCUCUUCGCCGAUGUGACAUUUGAUCUGGAUGAUGGAAUCCACCUCGCACACAGAGCUUUAUUAAUGGCCCGCUGCGAUCCUAUGAAGGCAAUGUUCCAGGGCCACUUUAGGGAAAGCACUUCUAGAGUGAUCUCCUUCCCCGGGGUAAAGAUGUACGCGUUCCACAUACUCCUAUGCUAUAUCUACUCAGAUAAGAUACCAAUGGUUGAACCGACUCGAUGCCUCGAGCUCCUCGAGCUUGCCAACCGUCUCUGCAUGAAUAGAUUGGUCACACUGGUCGAGGCCAGGGUUAUAGAUCAGUUACAGCAUCAAGAUAGAGUCUGUGGCGAUGACGAUCAAGUGGUCGAGAUAGCUUUGUCAUUACUAGAGCCUGUCAAGUUGCACAAUGCAAAUACGCUAUGGGAGUGGUGCCAGUGGCGUUUGUGCGGCGCAUAUGACCGCGCCUGUCGCGCGAAACAUCUCAGCCCCGCCACCAGGGACUACCUAUCCGACAAUCGAUGGCCGCCUGUCUGGUAUGUGAAAGAAUACGACUAUUACCAGAAGUGCCUGACGGAACAAAGUAAGGAGAUGAAGGAUAUUCGUCCCAAUACAUCGGUGCAGGCUAGUCAGCAGACUGGCUGUCUCUGUUUCGCUAUAGGCAAAGUGCGUCGCGAGAGCGAGCCGGGCCCUGACGCAACGACGGCGCUAUGCCGUAGCGCUGAUGUACCUCACCCGCCGCUCUGACACCUGCCUUACUGGAGAUCUCUCCGUUUCGCGGUGCUCCUGCCAGUGUCAAUGUGUUUCAUGAGCACGAUACUGACUAUACUCGUACUGUUCCACGUUUACACCUAAAUAGUAAUUAUAAUUCGAAUUAAUUACCACUAACUAUGGAUUAUAAUAAUUUCUAAUUAUUUAUAGUGUUGCACUCUCGUAAUGUUAAUUGUAAUUUGAUAGUAAACACUUGACUGCUAUUUUUACGUCACGUUAAGAAGUCGGUAUUUCAGAAUAUUUAGCUCAUUAGAAUCAUUUCUAAAUUCGUAAAUCUUUUUAUCAAUUAUUAAUUAAAACUGAAGGGAUGUUGUUGUCGUUAUUACUCCGUACACUUUGUAUUUGAUCGCGCCCAGCUGCAUGUGCGAUCAUGUAUGCGGUAGCAAUAAGCUGACGUCAUUAAUAUGUACUGUCUCCUUGUCAUAACUAACGCAUUUCCAUAUCUCCAAUGAAUACUUUAACUGUCUCCGUGGCCGAACGGUUACCAUGCCGGACUGCCACGCAGAGGUCCCAGGUUCGAUUCCCGGGCGUGCAUUAUUAUUACUACGCCCUUAAUUUUUGGAUCAGUUCUGUUUUUAUUUUGUUUUUCUUGUUUUUUCACAAAAUUCUGGAAGCAUAAUAUUACUAAACAAAUAUGGCUGUAUACAAAAAUAACAGAAAAUUACCAAUAAAUUUAAUAAAGUUGGCAUUGGAGACAUAGAUUUGCACUUUGGUAAUUUUCGAGAUGUUGCCAUACAAAAUUUAUUUUUUCUUGGAAAAAUGUCAAUUACGCUGAUUUUGAUUUACAAUAAAACUGGAACCAAAUAAUAUAUAAGAAAACCGAGGAUUGUAAACCUCGGUUCGCGGAUUCUAGAUAUGUUAUUAACUCAAUUUCGCUAAUAAUGGCUUGGAUACAAGUCCUUGGAGCCAUGUCUUCGUUUAAUUAUCGGGAUUCUCGAUAAAUAUAUUCCAUUGUAGUUCUAAUACAUUAUGUUUUCACUGUCCAUUAAAUCUCUUAGGUCCCUUGUUUGUGUUUGCUAAAUAGUCUUUUAAGCGGCAGGAUUUACUCAUUUAAAUCACGUCACUUUGAACAAAAAUUUUACAUUCGUAAUCAGUGGAAUUUUCAGGAUAAAAUCUGUUGUGGUUUGGUUUAAAAUAAGGAAUAUAGUUCUAACUUACUUCAUCA